CAAAACACCAAAGUAAAAAUCCCCUCUGAGGUGGUUAGGAACCGCCAUAGACCCACAGCGGUCACUUUCUUAGCUGCGGGCACGCUCUGCACGCCUUAAAUAUGUCGCCGCGGCCACUGCUGCUCCUAGCCCUGCACCUCUCUGCUGCCCUCUCCCUUGCGCCAGCCGCACGCGAAACGAGAAUAAUUGAAUUGCUAGGCAAAGGCCGCGUCGGCCUCCCGCAGAGCGACGAAGUCGAGCUCGACGAAUUGGUCGCGAACCUCGAGGGCCGAAAGCCGACGAUCGCGUCGGUCCGCGGCGACUGGGACCUGCUCUACACGUCUAAAUCGGAAUUCGACCCCGCGAACCCGCUGGGCCGGCGCGUCGACGGCACGGCGCCCGGCAUCGAGAAGAUCUUCGACGUGGCCUUCUCGCAGGCCGAGGCCGUCGCGUCGUCGUCGCCGAUCCAGCGCUUCGUGACGGGCCUCGAGAGCGUCGAGAUCCGGCAGGUCGUCGAGCUCGACGACGCCGGAACGGGACGGGUCGACCAGUUCGUCGAGGCGGGCGAGAACGUGGUGUUUCGCCUCUCGGCGAGCGGGAGCUUCGACGAGGCGACGGGCCGCCUCGAUUUUACCUUCGACGACGCGUACCUCACGGCCUUUGGAGUGAGGAUCCCCUACCCCGUGCCCUUCCGGUUGUUGGGCGACGAGGCGAGCGGCUACCUCGACACGCGCUACGUCUCGGACACGCUCCGGGUGUCGCGCGGGAACAAGGGUACGACGUUCAUCCUAAGGAAGCGAUAG